AAAUAUACAGAGCUAGGGUUUCAAGUCGCCUCUGAACUCUUCUCUCUUCUGCAGAAGCUUUCCCCAUCCUCCAACCAUGGCCGUCGGAAAGAACAAGAGGAUCUCCAAGGGAAAGAAAGGAGGCAAGAAGAAAGCAACCGAUCCCUUUGCCAAGAAAGAUUGGUAUGAUAUCAAGGCUCCUUCUUUGUUCAAUACCCGUAACAUUGGAAAAACCCUUGUGACUCGUACUCAGGGUACUAAGAUUGCUUCUGAAGGUCUCAAACACAGAGUGUUUGAGGUGUCCUUGGCAGACCUGCAAGGUGAUGAGGACCACUCUUACAGGAAGAUCCGUCUGAGAGCUGAAGACAUUCAAGGAAAGAAUGUCUUGACUAACUUCUGGGGUAUGGAUUUUACCACGGACAAGCUGAGGUCCCUUGUCCGCAAGUGGCAGACUUUGAUUGAGGCUCAUGUUGAUGUGAAAACCACAGACAAUUUCACUUUGAGGAUGUUCUGCAUUGGUUUUACUAAGAAGAGACCAAAUCAGCAGAAGAGAACUUGCUAUGCUCAGUCAAGCCAGAUCCGUCAGAUUCGCAGGAAGAUGACUGAGAUUAUGGUAAACCAAGCCCAAUCAUGUGACUUGAAGGAUUUGGUUCAGAAAUUCAUUCCUGAAUCAAUCGGUAGGGAGAUUGAGAAAGCUACCUCAAGCAUCUACCCCCUUCAGAAUGUAUACAUCCGCAAAGUGAAGAUCUUGAAAGCACCCAAGUUUGAUCUUGGAAAGUUGAUGGAGGUUCAUGGUGAUUACUCUGAAGACACUGGUGUGAAGGUUGAAAGACCAGUUGAGGAGGAGAGUGCUGAGCCAGCUGUUGUUGUUGGUGCUGAAUAAUGAGACCAUGAAGUUAGAACAUUUCCUUAAAUUUCCAUAUUUGUGGUUAAUUUUGGUGUUCAUGAUGAGAUAUUGUUUCUUAAGUUGCUUUUAGAGAUUUUCAAACCUAUUUAACAAUUUCUUACUUAUAUUUUUGGAUGAUUUAA